AUGGCUCUGAGAUUUGAGAGGACUUGGGACCCAGAAAGAGCUUAUCUACUCGUCAGGUCGUCGAUCUCACAUCUGAGGUCGUCGGUCUUCAAUCUCAGAUUCAUAGCUAAUCAGGUCGUCUAUCUCACAUCUGAGGUCGUCAGGUCGUCGAUCUCACAGCUGAGGUCAUCUGUCUUCAAUCUCAGCUUCACAGCUCGUCAGCUCGUCAGGUUGUCGAUCUCACAUCCAUUAUCAGGUCGUCAGGUCGCCGAUCUCAUAUCUGAGGUCAUCGGUCUUCAAUCUCAGCUUCACAGCUCGCCAGGUCGUCGAUCUCACAUCAGAGGUCGUCGUUCUUCAACCUCAGCUUCACAGCUCGUCAGGUCGUCGAUCUCACAUUUGAGGUCGUCAGGUCGUCGUUCAUCAACCUCAGCUUCCCAGCUCGCCAGGUCGUCGAUUUCACAUAUGAGGUCGUCGGUCUUCAAUAUCAGCUCUUCUAUUAUCAGGUCGGCCUACCAGCUCAUUCAUUAUCAGAUCGGCCUACCAGCUCAUCCAUUAUCAGAUCGGCCUAUCAGAUCAGCCUAUCAGCUCUUCUAUUAUCAGGUCGGCCUACCAGCUCAUCCAUUAUCAGAUUGGCCUAUCAGAUCAGCCUAUCAGCUCUUCUAUUAUCAGGUCGACCUAUCAGCUCAUUCAUUAUCAGAUCGGCCUAUCAGCUCAUCCGUUAUCAGGUCGGCCUAUCAGCUCAUCCAUUAUCAGGUCGGUCUAUCAGUUCAUUCAUUAUCAGAUCUGCCUAUCAGCUCAUCUGUUAUCAGCAACAAUUACUUUACUUUUCCAAGCCGAUCUCACAUGGUCGCAAAUAAAGCCGAUAUAACAUCUGACCGCAAUCCAAGCCGAUCUCACACGGUCGCAAAUAAUGCCGAUCUAACAUCUGACCGCAAUCCAGGCCGACCUCACAUUCUGCUUUCUCUAAAAGUGUUUACUCUUCCUUCAGGUUCUAGAGGAGCAAUCAUGACAAUUACAUUCUCUGUUGGGAGUAGCCUGAGCUUCUCACCGGAAACAAAAUCUGACAAACAGAUGACGCACUCUUCUCCAAGCCCCGUCAGGUUCAUCUCAGGUUGUAGAGGAGUAAUUCUGACAAUCACACUCUCUGUUGGUGUUGCUACAGUGUCUGCAUUUAGGACAAGUCAAAUGUUGUUGAAGCCACUUGUCAAUGCAGUGAACAUGGAACCCAUGGUUGCACUUAGGGAGCAGCCUGAGCUUCUCACCGGAAACAAAAUCUGA